AUGUCAACGGAAUCACGGAGAGCUUCUGACACAUCCUUAACGGAAUCAUGGAGACCUUCUGACACACCCGUCAAAGUACUAAGACUAGGUGUCGAUGGAUUCAUCUCCUCACCUCUCAUCAAAGUUCUCGUUGGGGCCGAGUCUCAGCGUUCAGAGCUGUUUGUUCACCAGUCCAUCAUAACGUCGCGAUCCAAGUUCUUCGCCAACGCGCUUAGUGGCCGCUGGAAUAACUCUGACGCGAAAACUAUCAAUCUUUACGAUGUUGAUCCUGAGCUGAGAUUAGAAGAUGUUGAGCACUAUUUGGAAGCCGUCUAUACGAAUCGCAUCACGCUCAAGGAUGACUCAAGCGUUCUUGAACGUAUAUGUCACGUAUACGUGAUAGCUGAAUUGCUGCUCGAUCUACACACCCGUAAUCUGGCAACUCAGGCACUGUAUGAGAAAAUCAGCACCCGUAAACUGGCAGCUCAGGCACUCUAUGAGCAAAUCAGCACCCGUAAAUAUGACAGUACGCGGGGAUCUAAUGAGGGAGCUAAUUGUUGA